AUGCGAGCACAAGCUGCGGUGACUCGCCCGAAGGCAAGCGACGUUCAAAGUGAUGCUGAAAGACGACAGCGACCAUUUAGUCAUCAUCAGAGGUCUUCACAGCGGUCACAUCCUGCUGCACCUCAUCUUGUCGAUGUGGCUCACCACGGUCGAAGGCAGUCAGAUCGUGAGGAGCGUAAGGAAAGAGACAGAAGUGUCGCAAAGGAGCGAAUAGGAGGCCACCAGGGUGCGGUGCUAAAGGCUCGUGUUGCAGCUGAUAUCACGGCUGUUCCGUUACGCAAGCUUAGCGAACCUGUAUUGCAUCAUCAACAGUCGAGACCUGAGGUGCAGUUAGACUAUUGCUUUUUACGUUUCUUCCCAAGAUUUUAA